AUGUCGGCCACAAUGGUCGCUACCAUCGCGCCGCCACCGUCUCUCAGCAUCACAGGAAGCGCCGCUGCCGCCAGCAGCUCCCACUGCCCAAGCUGCGGCGUCGACAUCCCCGCGCCGCCGCCGGCCGCGCCGACAUCCCACCCCGACGACCUCGCGCGCAUCGCCCAGCUCGAGGGCGAGGUGCGCACGCUCAACGACAAGGCCGCCACGGCUAUGAACCGCUGGGCCGAGUACGAAGCCGAGCUGACGCGCCUCCGAUCCUCGUCCUCACCGCCGCAGCAGCAACAACGACCGAGCCCGACGCGCAAUAGCCCGUCCUACCUACAGCAGGGCACCGAGCGCAUCUCCGCCCUACUCUACUCGCGCAAGACGUCCGCGAUGAACCUGCGGGGCGUGCCGCCGGCUCUGCAAACGGCUGUGGCAGGCGGCGCGGACACGCUCUCGCCCGUCGCCACGCCUACGACGCCGACGGCCGCGCACAUGACCGAGGACCUCCUCGAGGCGCUCACGCGCGAACAGAGCCUCCGCCAAGAGGCCGAGGGCCGCCUGAGCGCGACCAGCAAGGAAAUGGAGGAGCUGAGUGCGGCGCUGUUUGAGCAGGCAAACGAAAUGGUCGCCGACGAGCGGCGCGCGCGCGCCAAGCUCGAGGAGCGCGUGGGCGAGCUGGAGAAGCGCGACGCGGACAAAAAGAAGCGCCUGGAUCGGUUGGAGAGUGCCAUGAACCGGAUUGAGCGCGUCAAGAAAAUUCUCAGCGAGUGA